GUCAUAUGUCACUUUUGGCAGUCGUUAAUUUUUAAAAUUUGUUUAUCAAUUGAAAAUUCGGUUAUUUUAACUAAAUAUCACAACAGUUAACACUCGUCAUAGAGUUAUGUGAUAAAAAUUAGAAUAAUUUCUAGGUAUUUAUUUCCCACUUUUUCAGUUAAGACAUUAGUGACAAUUUAUUAUUAUCUGCCAAAAUUUUAGUGUCAUUGAUCACAACAAAUAAUGCUAGAAGUUUUAAAUAAAGUUAACAAGUAGGAAGAGAUGGAGAAAAAUGACAACGAAAAGAGUGAAGAAGAUUCGUCAACAAAACAGGUCUUGGAAUAUUAUCAAAAAUACUCACAAAAUGACGAGCCCUCUGCAAGACAACUAGAUACAAUAUAUCCAGCAAGAGAUGUUAAGAUUAUCGCUUCAAAGCAAUAUGAGAAACCUGAGCAAAAUCCUGAAAUACUAUCUCCCACUGAAUCUGUUGCUUCUAAUAAAAAGUUAGAAUGGGAUAAUUUGGGUGAUAUUGGCUACAAUAACGCUAAAAAACUUUACAAAAGUACUUCAUUGCCAAUAUUGACACAACAUACAAUUAUUAAAAUUGAUGACAUACCUAAAGGUCCAACAGAUAAUGUGAAAAUAGUUUUAUAUCCAUAUACAAGCAGUUCAGAAGACAAAACUAGUGAAAAAAAUACCUUACAGUCAUUAUCAUCGUCAUCUCCCAUUGUAGAAAAGGAGAUACCAUCCUCAUCUGGUACAUUUUCUUUUCAUUCUAGUGAAAAACAAAAAUUGCUAAGCUCAGAUUCAGAUUCUUCUCUAAAUGAUAAAAAAAUUUUAGAGUUUAAAAAAAGUUUAAACUAUAUAAAGAAGAAAAUUGGACUUCCUGAUGCACACUCUACACCUCAUGAACCUGACUCUCCCAAAAUUGAGUGCCAAAUAAUGACUGAGACUCCUUUAGUCAAAAAAACUGAUAAACCUAUUAAAAAUAUUAUUAAAGAUAUUCAGAUUGAGAAUGAAAGCAUACAAAGUAAUGUGUUAGUGCAACCUACAAAGAGUGCGUUAACUUUUCCAGCUAAUUCUAAUAAGAAAAGUGUAAAUUUAUGCCUUACUAAACCUGUUUUAGUAGAUUGCUUGCCAAAAACAAAUAUAAAGCAAUAUGCAGUUGGUGUUCAAACAGGGAGUGUAGUUGACUGUAAAUCUCAACAAGCACCAAAUGAGUUAAUUACUUUCUAUAAACAAGCUGAAAAUAAUAAAACUAGUGAUUCUGGAAAAUCAAGUAGCUCCAAUGGUGUUGCAUCUAAAUGUGAUAGUUUUGAAUAUGUCAAAAAUAGCAAUAAUGGACAAAAUAUUUCUAUGAGAUCUGAAAAUAAUCCUGUAGAAAUUGCAGAAGAUCAUAUAACUGAUAACAAUGAAGCGAAUUCUACUAAUUCUGAAAACUCUGAAGCUGCAACAAAUAAUCAAGAAAUUACAAAUGACUCUACAAAAUCUGGUUAUGACAUAGAAAAGCACAUAUAUGUUUUACAAAGAUUAAUAAGAUCAAAGAAAUAUGAUUCCUCUGCCAAAAGAAAAUACAUCAGAAAAAUUUUACAAAAAAUAACUGAGUCUAAGUACUUAGAGGACUCAAGUACAAGUUCUGAUCUUUUUUAUCCUAAAACAGACCCUUCGAAAAUUCUUCAUGAUCAAAUUAAAAAUUCUUCAUUUAAAAAUGAAAACACAUCAUCUUCUUACCAAUCUCAUGAAGACAAGAAGGUAUCUCCCAAAAAGAAAGUAUCUGAAAGCACAGACUCUGACAUAUCUCACGAAAGAGAACAAAAGACAGAAAUUAAACCUUCAACUUCUAAGGCUUCUACAUUUGGUUACAGAAAAGAAAGUAAACCCACCCAAAAGAAGAAAUUGGAUAGUGUGCAAUUUACCAAUCUUCUUAGUAAACCUUCUAUCCAAUCUGAAGCACCAGUGACUACAAGAACAAAAAGAACUCCAUUUACACUUACUAGAGAACCUAAAAACUCUUCAUCUUCAGAUAAAUCUUCAUCUCCACAGUCACAUCAAAAUUGGAAAGAAUGUAAAACCAUAUCAGAGAAAAUGUUCGAAAAUAGUGGACAAAUCAUUGGAGCUGGUGAUCAAGUUACACAAUUUGCUGAUAAAGAAAGACAGUACCAGCUUAACUGGAUAGAUAGGGAAAUUAAUCAUUUGGGUAAACUAAAAAAUAUAUUAGAAAAACAUAAGGAACCUUAUCCUCUACCAGAAAAUUUAACUAAAAUGACAUCUGUUUACAUGGUCACAGCUAAUAGUAAUGAUGCUGUUCAUAGAAACUAUGUUAUAGAAACUAAACUUGGAACUGGAACUUCUCGGCAGAGAAAUUUUAGAAUCAAUGGAGAAAACUAUGUUGUUGAAGAUCCAAAUGCUCAUAGUAUAGAUAAUAACCAAUCCCCUCCUUUAGUUGUAGAUAUCCAAGUCUUAGCUACAGAUAAAACCACAAAUAUUAAAGUUACAGCAUUCUGUGGUCUAUGCAAGAGAUCACCAUGUGUUUGUGUUACAGACUUCUUACAAGGAUUAAGUAACCCAUUUAAAGUCAGUGAUAAUAAAGUACAAAAACAUUUAAAUGACAAAGUCAAAACUUAUUCCAGCACUUGUUCUUGUAAUACUACUUCUAGUUCCACUACUAACAGCAGAAAUUCUUCACAUACUAUAUGUAUCAAUUGCCAUAGAGCACCUUGUACUUGCUGUUCUUGCAAAAAAACUCAUGAUAUAAAAACAUGUUCAGUUUGUCAGUUAUACUCCUGUAUGUGUGUCAUAAGUCCAAAAGAUUCAUAUGUGGGAACAUUCAUACCAACUAAGAAAUCAUCAGAGGGGUCUCAGAGAAAAGUUUGCAGUUUGUGUAAAGCCUUAUCUUGUAUAUGUACUGCCCAAACAAAAUCAAAAAAAUGUUCCAUAUGUACUUCUUGCCCCUGUACAUGCAAAAAAAAUUCUAGUAAAAUGAAAAAAUCAGAUUGCAAGUGUAAAAGCACACCAUGUACCUGUUCUAGUAUUUCCUUUAAAUCAGAUAAAACUGUGUGCUCCAAAUGUGGAAUUUCAUCUUGUAUUUGCCAAUUACCUUCAAGUGGCACUAGUUCUACUGGCAGUUCAGUAAAUACAGACUUAUUAAGAAAAUUAUUUUCUGAUUGCAAAUGUGGCGCUUCUAAUUUAUGUAGCUGUGAUUUUGUAAAUAAAUUACUACAACAUUUUAGCCAAAAAGAUGUUGAAGUUCAGUCUAGAGCACUUAAAAGCAGUGAAUGUACUGAUGCUGCCACGCAAAAUCAUGUAUCUGUUGAUGAUAAAAAAGUUCAGGAUAUAUUGCUCACACAAGAACAUAAAUCUGUUCAACCAAAGUUUUCAAAAAUGAGCAGUAGUUCUCAAACAGAUACUCUUAGGUCACAGUGUAAAGUUGUUUCAACAGAGGGACCCACACAUAUCAAUGAAUUAAUACAAGCAGGUAUUUGUGAUGAAAGUACAGGAACUAUUCAAAGUGCAGCUGUAACUACUGAAACUGUUGCAUUAGUAGAUAUGGCAACAACAUCUUUAGAUUCACGAAAGUCUGAUGCAAAUAAACACAUUAGCAUUCAAUCUGAAGUAUGUUCAAAAGAAAAAGCAACACAUUCUCAUGGUCUUCCUGAAAUUGUUGACAAAUCUGUUGGUAAAGCCACUGAGGAAUGUGGUACACAAUCAAUUAAACUUUCAAGAAAGUCAUCUAUCGAGUCAGAUGCAAAUAAACACACUAGCAUUCAAUCUGAGGUAUGUUCAAAAGAAAAAGCGACACAUUCUAAGGAUAUUCCUAAAACUGUCAGCAAGCCUGUCGGUAAAUCCACUGAGGAAUGUAGUACACAAUAUGAACGCAAAGCAUCAAUUCCCAGUAAAGGAUACUUCGCCAAACUGUCUGAAGUUGACACAGAUUUAAGCAACGGAUCUGUUGAUUCCGGUACUUGUGCUAGAACUUUUCAAGUUGAAAAAGGAAUAAGUGCUUUAAGCAAAAAUAUUGAAUUGGUUGAUAAAGAUAUUGAGGCAAGAGUUCCCCAAAUUUUAAAAGGAACUGAUACAUAUACUCUUCGAGAAACUUCUGAUAAAAGUACUUGCCAUAAGCCUUCACUUGUUGAUCAAGAAACAGAUUAUAGUCCUAGAGUAGUAUCCAUUGAGCAAGGAACAUCUCCGAGAAGUGCUCAAAGCUCCGCAAGAGUAUCCAUUGACAUAGGAACUUGUCCAAGCCCUGCAGUUGAUAAAGAAUUUCAGACUACUGCCAGAACCUUUGUAGAUCAAGGCACAGCAAGUGGCCGAACCCGUAAAUCAUUAAAUGAUCAACAUACCUCACCAAUAUUCUACGAAACUGACGUAGGUGUAUCUACUGUAUCUAAAAAGCAUAGAACGGAGGCAACAUCAACGGAUGGUUCUAAAAAAUCACGCUCACAGUCAUCAGGAACUAAAGAAAUUGGAAAUAGCGGUUUUAAUACAAGUUCAGGUAAAAAAAUUAAUGUCUCCAAUUAUGAAAAAACUACAAUUACGUCUUCAGAAGCUAAAGUUGGUCCAAGUCUUAAGCACAAAAAAAUCAGUGAUAAUAUUAGCACAAAUACAGAUAAAUUAAAAGUCUCUAGUUAUGAACAAACUACAAAUACGUCGUCAGAAGCCAAAAUUGGUCCAAAUUCUGUCAAUAGAAGAUCAAGUGAUAAUAUUAAUACAGCUACAGUUAACUUAAAAGUCUCAAGUGGUGAACAAACUAUAGUUACAUCGUCAGACGCCAAAGUUGGUCCAAAUGUUAUCCACAGAAAAAUUAGUGAUGAUAUUAGUACAAAUACAGAAAAGAUAAAAGCCUCUAGUUGUGAACAAACUAUAUUUAAUUCUUCAGACGCCCAAGUUGGUCCAAAUCUUAGAUGCAGUGAUGAUAUUAGUACAAGUACUGAUAAUGUAAAAGUCUCUAGUUGUGAACAAACUAUAUUUACAUCGUCAGAUGCUAAAGUUGGUUCAAUUCUUAGACAAAGUAAUGAUAUUUGCAUAAGUACUGAUAAUUUGAAAGUCUCUAGUUGUGAACAAACUAUAUUUCCAUCGUCAGAUGCCCAAGUUGGUUCGAAUCUUAGAUGCAGUGAUGAUAUUAGUACAAGUACUGAUAAAUUAAAAGUCUCUAGUUGUGAACAAACUAUAUUUACAUCGUCAGACGCCAAAGUUGGACCAAGUCUUAGAUGCAGUGAUGAUAUUAGUACAAGUACUGAUAAAUUAAAAGUCUCUAGUUGUGAACAAACUAUAUUCACUUCGUCAGAUGCCAAAGUUGGUCCAAGUCUUAGACACAGUGAUGAUAUCAGUACAAGUACUGAUAAAUUAAAAGUUUCUAGUUGUGAACAAACUACAACAGUUAGCCCAAGGGUUAAGAGUAAAAAACGCAGAGAAAAUGAUAUUGACAGUUUAAAGAAAAAUCUUAACUCCAUAGGUAUUCAAACGGAGCUACUCUCAAGCGAUAUUCAAUCGAUAGAUAGUUGCGCAUGUAUUUGUCCCUCUCAAAGUAGUAUUGAAAAUAUUCGUAGAACACAGUGUUUAUGUUGUGGAGACAAAAGGAAGAAAAAAUCCAAACAUAUGUUGAUCUGUGCCCCUUCAGAUAACUCACAUAGAAGUCGAAAAAUAAAAGCUGUUUAUAUAAAAGAAACAAGUUUAAAGAAGACUGGCCGUCGAAGAUGCUACUCUUCAUGUACAGGUCGUGUUUGUUGUAGAGCUAGAUCUAAAUCAAUUUUAAAAGAAUCCUGUUGCUCCUGUUGUUGCGAGAGCAAAAAGCCUAGAUGUUGUUCUUGUCAAAAUGAAAAGAGUAACAAUUGUACUGAAGCAUCUGCUGCUGCUACCCCUCAAAAAACUCCCAUUUCGACUGACGAGCCAGAAAAAGAAUACACAAGUUUAUUAAUUCAGUCAGUGUCAGUUAACAAUCCUCCUAUAGUACAUUAUCCUCAUAUUGGAUAUUCAAACACGAUACAGACUCACCAACCGAUUCAGUAUACACACACUCAUCCUCACAUAGCACGUGUUGCUGCUGUGGGAACAAGGUGCCAUUGGAACAGAUAUCCUUAUUGCGGAGCAAUAACAAACAGUUUUCCGUUUGCGAGGUGUGCCUCAAGAAACGGCCCAUAUUAACGACUAUAUGUUUCGCUAAUCCAGAUGGAGAUACUUCCACCGAAUCUUCAACCACUUCUAAAACUGUAACAGACCACUUUAGACGCGCUGAAAACUACUGUACCUGUAAAAAAUCUGUGAAAGCUAAAAAUUUUGAAUACUGUCAACAUUGUAAACAACAAUUAAAAAAAACUCAAAAAAAACGGAACGGAAUAGCAUAUACUUUGACGUUAGAAGAUGAAACACCCGAAAAGUUUAGGUCUAGGUCAAAGAAAAAAAUAAAAAAGCUUGAAGAAAUAAAAAUUAAAGUGCCGAAUCCUUUCAAUCGAAAACAACAUAAAAAUAGGGAAAAUAAUUAUAGAAAAGAUGAAGAUAAAAUGAAGCGAUUAGAAAGUGCAGAAGAUAGUGAAAAUAUUGAUAUUACGAACAGUGUCAACUAUUCAAAUGAUGAUGUGUGUAAAACUAUGAAUAACGAAAAAGAUAAUAAACAGUCAUAUUCUUUACAAGAAUAUUUGCAAAAAAAUCGUCCUCAUUUUGUGGAUGCUGCAGAAUACCGAAGGCUGGCACUUAUAAACAAUAAAAUAGAAAGAGAGUUAAAUAAGGAUGAACAAAAAUUAAAAUUUUUGGAAGAAAAUGCUAACAAUAAUAGAUUGAAACGUCAGAAGUUAUUCACUGAACAGGAGAUGAGAGAAAUAACCAAAAGAAAUUACAAAAAAUUACCAGAAGUACAACAAAAGUUAACGAACCAAAGAAAAGAGAAAUUAAGGAGUGCUGAUAGAUUUAUGGCAGAUACGUUAAACAGGAAAAUCCAAAAUUUUGUUUUGAAAGGCAAGAGGAGUUUUCCUAUAGAUACAAAUGUUGUAAACGUUUUGUGAAGUUUUAUGAAGUAAUUUAUUAUCAAAAUUGUACACUCGAAAAAUUGUAAACUUAUUAUGAAUUAAAUAAUUUUAUAUUUUUCUACU